CGUCCGGGAUGGCAGCCUCCGGCGGCCUGCGGCGGGGUGGCCGCCGCCGCCGCGCGGCGGCCCGCGCCGCGCCCGGGCUGGGCGUCGCCCUGGCAGCGUGCGCGCUGGCGCUGCUGCGCCGAGGGUCGCCGCCGAGGGCCUUCGCCGCGCCUCCGAAGGCCGCGGAGCUGCUGUCCGCGGCGCGGGGCGACGCGGCGAAGAUGGAGCAGGCGUUCUACGCCAUCCGGGACAUGGCCGAUGCCGACUCCAGCGACGUUCUUCUGAAGCUCAGCGCUGCGGAGGCGGCCGUGUCCCUCAUGCGCAUCGCAACGCACUCGAACAGCCUGGCGUGCAGGCUGCCAGACGGAGGCGGGCCCAAGCUCGAGAAGCAGGACAACACGCCAACAUGAGGCUCUGGUCGGAGUGGGCGCCCGUCGCGCAGGCGCUGCUGGGCGAGGCCGAGGCCGUGCUGGGAGACGCCUUCGAGAAGGACCCGUCCAGCUUCACCCUGUCCGUGGAGGCGAGCAUGUACGCCACCUCUUCGAAGGGGUGGCGGAUUGUGGCAGCUGUCACGUCGGGCAGGGCGGUAUCGUUCUUGUUGUCUGCGGCGAAGCUGGAGAAGCUGCACCCUCAGUACGAUGGGUCAAUUUAUUGUAUCUAUUGGGGGGCGUACUACCUGGCCGCCCCCUGGCCGAUGAGCAGCACCAGCAAGGCCAGGAAGUACCUUGAACGGAGCGUGAAGGCGUACCCGCGGUCUCGCCGCAACCAGUACUGGGGCGGCGUCGCUGCGUUUGCGGACGGGGACUAUGCUGCUGCCCGCGGCUACAUGGAGCGCGCCCUCGAGGAGGAGUGCGCCUCGCCAUCGGAGCAGGACAUAUGCGACUGGUUGGCCAUGGAAGCCCGGCGCACCCUGGAGGCGCUGCCGGGCUAG